AUGUCAUCUGACGAACCGUCUAAUUCCGGGCAAACUCGUGACACCAGCAGACACCCAGAUGUGGAUGAUUCAUUUGAGGAAAACGCUUCCAAUUUCCGCUUGUUUGAUGCCUAUCGAGAGGGAAACCUGGACUGUGAUGUUAUCAGUACCCAAAAGGUAUCCCGCGUCCUGGAAACGAAGAAUUCAGUACCUCUGAAAGAACCCCUUGGUCAGUGUGCUACCGAUGUUCCCCGUUCUUGGCGGUUAGCUCCCGAGGCCAACAAACCAACCAACGCGUCGGUUUCCUUGGGGUCCUUGUGCAAGACAAAGUCCAUGCCGAAAGUACCUACUGUGGGACAGGAAACAUCAACAGUAUCCCGUGAGCCAUACGCUCCACCUGAACCAAAGGCUAAAGGAUCCCAUCUGAAACCUUCACCGGGCAACGCCAUACUGGUGAACCAGCGUCAGCGGGGAAAUCCAUUACUAAAGCACAUACACAAUGUGGCGUGGGAGUAUGCCGAAAUCGAACCUGAUUACGUAGUUGGUCGAAACAACUGUGUCUACUUUCUCAGUCUUCGCUACCACAAACUGAAUCCAGAGUACAUCUUUGAAAGAGUGAGACAAACCAAACAGAAUUAUCAACUUUCCGUUCUUCUGUGCCAAGUGGAUAUAACAGAUCCGCACUAUCCGUUGAAAGAACUGUGCAAACUGUGCCUGUCAGAGAAGCUGACACUUAUGCUGGCUUGGAGCCCGGAGGAGGCAGCACGGUACCUUGAAGCAUACAAGGCGUUGGAAAACAAGCCUCCUGAUGAUUUGAUGCCUGCCGUGGCAGCGGUUACGGAUCAUCGAGCCCAAAUCACUGAAUUUCUAACCGCCGUUCGCCCAGUCACUAAAGCCGAUGCCGUAUCAGCUAUCAAUAAUUUCAAGACGGUCGCGGAUAUGAUUAAUGCUGAUGCCGCAUCAUUGGAGUCUUGUCCUGGCUUCGGUCAACGCAAGGCGCAAAAGUUGUAUGAAGUUUUUCGGAUGCCGUUUCUACGCGAUUCAACCUGAUUUCUACUACUUGAAUCAAUAUGUACAGAAAAUACACGACUUUGGUUCUC